AUGGCUCAUGAAACAAUGGAGUAUGAUCUUCAGAUGCAGUUAGAUCAUAAUGCUGCACAACAACCAGCUCCUGUUGAAGUGGUCAGCAGCCAAGGGAGACCAGUCCUGUUCCAGCCUCCUGUUUCUGUUGAAGUGGUCAGCAGCCAAGGGCGACCAGUUCUGCUCCAGCCUACUCCUGCUGAAGUGAUCAGCAGCCAAAGAGAACCACCUUUCCUUCAGCCUGCUCCACAAGUGUCCAUUGACCUGACAGAGGAAGUGGAGUACUUGGGAGAAGAAAAUGUGGAGAACAUCAAUCCGAGAGCUUCAGAGCUGCAUAGACAAUCUGACACUAACCGCACCAUCCAAUCUUCAUUGGAAUCCGUGAACAACUUUGUCAGUGGGCUGCAGAGACUUCAUGGCAUGCUAGAAUUCUUGAGACCUCCAUCUUCAGGCCACAGUGUGGGGCCAGUGAGAACAGGGAGAAGGAGAGGCUCUGCUUCACGAAGGAGAAGAGCCGGAGGGUCUCAGAGGACAGGCAAUGUCAGGUUGAGAGCACCACUGGAUGCUUACUUUCAGGUGAGCAGGACCCAGCCUGACUUGCCAGCUGCCUCUUAUGAUUCAGAGACUGGAAAUUCUAUGUCUGAAGACUUGCAGGUGUCUAGUAGUUCCAAUUCUGACAGUGACAACUCUGCAGAGGAUGGAGAGGUUGUUGUCCAGGCAGAGGAACCUGGAGUUGUCAUUUUAGAAGAGGAACCACCAAGUGUCUCAGCAGAGCAAGAAGUUACAUGUAUCAGUGGAGGCGAGAUAUUCCCCAAACAGCCUUCUCCCCAGAAGUCUAGUCCUCUUCUACCUUCUGCGUCUGUCGAUGAUGAAGAAGGAGACACUUGUACAAUAUGUAUGGAACAGUGGACCAAUGCUGGUGAACACCGUCUCUCAGCAUUACGCUGUGGGCACCUCUUUGGCUAUGGGUGCAUUUCUAAGUGGCUCAAAGGACAAACACGAAAAUGUCCUCAGUGCAACAAGAAAGCCAAGCACAGUGAUAUUGUUGUCCUUUAUGCCCGAACCCUAAGAGCUUUGGACACCAGUGAACGGGAACAGAUGAAAAGUUCUUUAGUACAGGAGCAGAUGCUAAGGAAGAAGGCUGAGUUAGAAUCAGCACGGUGCCGACUUCAACUUCAGGUCAUCACUGUUGAGUGCACUAAGCUUCAGUGUCGUGUUCAGGACUUACAGAAACUUUUGCAGCAUCACGGUCAGAGUUUGCAGCAAUCCAGGGGCUCCCAAGCACAUUUCCUGAACUGUUCACCUUCCAGCCAGGGCCAGCACAAGUACCUCUUCCAGAAGACCUUCACAAUAUCUCAGACAGGAAACUGCCGAAUCAUGGCAUACUGUGAUGCUCUGAGCUGCCUGGUGGUGUCACAACCUUCCCCUCAGGCCUCCUUCCUUCCAGGCUUUGGUGUUAAGAUGUUGAGUACUGCCAACAUGAAAAGCAGUCAGUAUAUCCCAAUGCAUGGCAAACAGAUCCGCGGAUUGGCUUUCAGCAGAUGGUCCAAAGGCUUAUUGCUCUCUGCUUCCCUAGAUAGCACUAUUAAACUGACCAGCCUAGAGACAAAUACUGUGGUCCAGACCUACAAUGCCGGACGUCCUGUCUGGAGUUGUUGCUGGUGUCUUGAUGAGAAUAAUUAUAUAUAUGCUGGACUGGCCAAUGGUUCAAUUCUGGUGUAUGACUUGCGAAACACAAACAGUCAUGUCCAGGAGUUGGUCCCUCAGAAAGCCAGAUGCCCACUCGUAUCCCUGUCAUACAUACCCAGAGCUGCCUCAGCUGCAUUUCCAUAUGGUGGGGUUUUGGCUGGAACCUUGGAGGAUGCGACUUUUUGGGAACUGAAAAUGGACUUUUCUCAUUGGCCUCAUGUGCUGCCAUUGGAGCCAGGGGGCUGCAUAGACUUUCAGACGGAGAGCAGCACCCGGCACUGUCUUGUGACUUAUAGGCCUGAUAAAAACCACAACACCAUGCGAAGUGUGCUGAUGGAGCUGUCUUACAGGCUGGAUGACACCAGAAAUCCAGUCUGCUCCUGCCAUUCUGUACAAACAUUUCCUGGGGGACCCACUUGUAAGUUAUUGACCAAAAGUGCCCUUUUCCAAAGCCCAGAGAAUGAUGGCAACAUCCUGGUGUGUACUGGAGAUGAAGCAUCAAAUUCUGCCUUGCUGUGGGAUGCUGGCAGUGGCUCAUUGCUGCAGAAACUGCAGACCGAUCAGCCUAUCUUGGACAUCUGCCCAUUUGAGGUGAACCAUAACAGCUACUUGGCUACCUUAACAGAGAAGAUGGUGCAUAUCUAUAGAUGGGAGUGACCAUGAUCUUGAAACCUUUCAGGCAUGCUGCUGGUUGACUUUAAGUGUUGUUUGCUAACAUCUAGCAGUUCCGAACAAGAUUCCUGCUUAUUGACUGUAGCCUAUACUUUUGGGAUCAUGGUUCAUUUAGAUUAGUAUGAUUCUAGGAAUCCAGAUCACUGAGACAUUACAGAUUGUGUAUUUGCUAUUCCAUCAAAAGAGUAAUUGA